AUGAUGCCGGCCUCGCAGCUACGUACGCCACCCUACGGGGAGCAACUGGCGAACUUCUCUCAGAAAUCAGUAAUGGGCACUAUCUUCGAGACCACGGACCGGUAUACUGAUUGGCGGCCUGUGGGCCUAGGAGUAUCAGGACUCGUCUGCUCCGCCAGGGACCAGCUUUGCCAUCAGACCGUUGCCGUGAAGAAGCUUGCCGACCCAUUCAAGACAGAGACCAUUGCAAGACACAUGUUCCGAGAAAUCAAAUUGCUACGACAACUGCGACACGAAAAUAUCAUCAACCUAACCGACAUAUUCAUCUCUCCCUCCGAAGACAUAUACCUCGUGACCGAACUGAUGGCCACCGACCUAAACACAAUCCUCAAAGCGAAAAAGGUCGAAGACCAGUUCGCCCAAUACUUCAUGUACCAAAUAAUGCGUGGCCUGAAAUAUCUGCAUUCGGCCGGUGUUAUACACCGAGAUCUGAAACCGAGCAAUAUCCUCGUCAAUGAGAAUUGCGAUUUGAAAAUAUGCGACUUUGGGCUUGCCCGGGUCCAGGAAUUACAUAUGACGGGCUAUGUCUCGACGAGGUACUACCGUGCCCCGGAGAUCAUGCUCACUUGGCGAAAAUAUACCGAGAAAGUCGAUAUCUGGAGUGCGGGGUGUAUCUUUGCGGAAUUACUUCUCGGUGAGCCUUUGUUCCCAGGGAAGAACCAUAUCAACCAGUUCUGUGUGAUUGCCGAUUUAUUGGGGAAUCCUCCGGAAGAAGUGAUUUCGAAUAUCACGAGUGAAAACGUGAGUAUCUCAGAAUACGCUGAUUUCAAUGUCCAUUUCUCGUGGAACUUCGAUGCUGAUUCAUUCAAGACAUUGAAUUUCAUCAAAUCCCUCCCAAAACGGGACCGCAAGCCCAUGUCCCAAGUGAUCCCCAGAGCAAAUGCAGAUGCAACGAACCUAAUCGACAAGAUGCUCGAAUUCGACCCCCAAGUCCGCCUCACCGCAACAGAAACCCUCUCAUCACCCUACCUCGCCCCAUACCACGACCCCACCGACGAACCAGUCGCAGCAGAAACAUUCGAUUGGGCCUUCCUCGAAGCAAACCUCCCAGCUGACAUGUGGAAGACAAUCAUGUACGGCGAGGUCCUCCGGUUCCACGAACAAGCGCAGCAGGGUGGUCUGAUAGGACCGAUGAAAUCGGUACAUCAGGUGGAUGGAAUGGAUCUGGGAUAA